AUGCAUCGUCUUUUUGCUGAGCUGGAGCCAUCUUUAAUCGUCACAGAGCAAAACCUGGCAGACCGAGUUCGGUAUAUCUUGCGCUCAAAUAUAUUUGAUGUCGCCGAACUCGAACGGCUACGACGUGAGGCUGUUCCCUCGUCGGAUGAGAAUGCUACGGCUGAGGAUGCGGCGCCACAAAUGGUAGAGCAACCCGCAAACGUGGAUGCUGCCGUGAAUACCCCAGUUGUGGUUGAUUCAAACGAUGAUGGAACAGUCGCACAGGAACUGGAAUUAGAGCAUAUGAGGAGUAUAUUGGAAGAGGCGAUUGUGGAAACGCGCAGUACGCCUCUCGAAAAUCGACCGCGACUUCCCCCGCAUAGCCCUAAGCAAGCGGAAUCGGGCUGUCGUGAGGGCUCUGAACCCAAUGCUGGUUACCUAUUUGGAAGCCAGCCGGGACCUUUGCGAGACGGACUCAAUUCUUUUUGGCGCCGCGCUGGCAGUCUGCCGUAUCAUAGGCGCCAAGGUUUCCACGGCUGGACGCGCUACUGGCCAUAG